CGCCUGGUAGAGACCAAAAAGAGCCGGCUCUGACCAGCGACCAUAAGCUCAGACGCCAGUCGAGUACGGCGGGUGGAAAGGAACUUCAGAAUCUUUUAGCCUCUGCAACUUUACAAAAUCUUAUUUUUUAAUCAAACAUAAAAUAAUAAUUUAAAUAUUUAAAAGAAUCUCCGACCACUUUGACAGAAGCAGGGAUUUGUUGCAGUAACUCUGAAUUUACGUCCACCUCUGCCUCCUGUCUCUUGUCUCCUCUGCUUCUAUGCUACGUUCUCUGCCACUCUCUCAGAAAAAUUCAGCUUCUCCUCUCUGAGAGAACAGGGAAAUCUUGGUAAAAUUCAACUAUUAAUAUUUGAGGAUAAGAAAACACAAUACUCUGUUCUGAGUCUUCGUCCCUGCUCCAGGUUCUCUAAUCAUAGAUAUGGAGAAAAAGGUAGAUAAAAGCUCUCCUGUUGGGGUUCUUGAAGACUACUUUAGAAGCGAAGAAUCCGAAAGCUGUUCUUCGAAAGAACCCACUUCGGUCUUGGAAUCUCAGAGAAAUUCAAAAGCCACUUCUCUUUGGCAUGGAUUUUUCCAAUUGCUGAGAAGUCGAUCAAAGAAACGUUUAGCUACAUUGCAUCCCCUCAGUGUCCUAAAGCACUCAUUGAGAAGGAGCUCUAGUAUGAGAGAGAUGGUGCCGAAUCUUUUUUCAAACUCUGAUUCGUACAAUUUAAAGUCUCCGAGAAAAUGCUUCUCUCUCUCUGAGCUCCAAGCUGCAACAAACAAUUUCAGCCAAGAAAAUCAGAUUGGAAAGGGUGGUUACGCUGAAGUUUACAAAGGGUGUUUGAAAAAUGGGAAACUAAUGGCUAUUAAGCGGCUGACAAGAGGAACACUUGAUGAGAUGAUAGGGGACUUCCUAUCAGAGAUGGGAAUUAUGGCCCAUGUGAACCACCCCAAUACAGCUAAGUUAAUUGGCUAUGGAAUUGAAGGAGGGAUGCACCUUGUUCUUGAAUUGUCUCCCCAUGGGAGCUUAGCUUCUCUGCUUUAUGGCUCCCAAGAUACAUUGACAUGGGAGAUUAGGUAUAAGAUUGCACUAGGAACAGCUGAGGGUUUACUCUAUCUUCAUGAGGGUUGUCAGAGAAGAAUAAUACAUAGAGAUAUCAAGGCUGCUAACAUUUUGCUUACAGAGGACUUUGAGCCUCAGAUUUGUGAUUUUGGGCUUGCAAAAUGGCUACCCGAGCAUUGGACUCACCACAUUGUAUCCAAAUUCGAAGGCACAUUUGGCUAUCUUGCUCCCGAGUACUUAAUGCACGGAAUAGUGGAUGAAAAAACUGAUGUUUUUGCCUUUGGUGUGCUGCUGUUGGAAUUAGCCACAGGACGGCGAGCACUGGAUUACUCGCAACAAAGCCUUGUCUUGUGGGCAAAACCCUUGCUCAAGAAGAGUGAGAUCAGUGAGCUAGUUGAUCCUGCUCUUGCCAAUGAUUAUAAUGCUCGACAGAUGAAUCUCAUGCUAUUGGCCGCUUCUUUAUGCAUACAACAGUGUUCAUUACGGAGGCCUCAAAUGACUCAGGUUGUGCAGAUUCUUAAUGGUAAUCUCAGCUGCUUGAAAUGCACGAAAAAAUGGCGAGUGGCAUUCUUUAGAAAAGUUUUCCGCGAUGAGCUCUUCAAAACAGAAGAGUAUAAAUCACCCAACAAUUAGAUAAUCUCAGUUGGGCUGACAAGAUGAUUUGGGUUUUAAUUAAGAGCAAUGGUUUUCCGUGUGUUUCCCUUAUCCAAGAAACAAACUGUAGGUUGCGCCAUUGAAGUUGGCAGUGGUACCAAAAGCAUCCUAAGCUGGGAACUGAAAUGCAAGGUUUCUUUAAAGAUUAUAACAGAAGAAAGAGAGGAAAAGGAGUUCGUAGACAAAAGGAAGAAACGACAGUGCGUUUUCAACUUGUGUACAUAAAAAAAAAAGAUGCAAAGAAUCAAUAGGAAUACCAAAGUAAAGAAAGGAGGAGUAUUCCUAGUUAUGUAGAUUGUACAGCAUAGAAUCCUACUAAACGCCUUGAGAACGUUGGAUCUUCAAUCAACUCAAGUACGUAAAGGAACCGUAGACUCCAAAAGCAAAAGAAAGGUAGUUUUGCUUUCCAAUUUCCAGCAUGCUUGUGUUCCUUUUCAGGAGACACACCAGCUAAAGCUUGAAAUUUGCAUUAUUUAUAAAUGUAUAUUUGAGAAUCGGAGAUAUUGUUAAUUAUUAUUGUAUUCGACA